UUCUCUGAAUGAUCCUGAACGGCCCCUCUCUUUCUCUCCCUUCUAGACGGAGAUCGCUAAAAGGCUGAACACGAUCCUCGCCCAGAUAAUGCCUUUUCUCUCGCAAGAGCACCAGCAGCAAGUGGCUCAGGCUGUUGAGCGUGCCAAACAGGUCACCAUGACUGAACUGAACGCCAUCAUCGGGGUACGUGGCGUUCCCGGUCUCACCCAACAGCAGCUCCAGGCUCAGCACCUCUCCCACGCGGCCCACGGCCCCCCAGUACAGCUGCCGCCUCACCCGUCGGGCCUGCAGCCGCCCGGGAUCCCUCCGGUCACGGGGAGCAGCUCGGGGCUGCUGGCUCUGGGGGCCCUGGGCAGCCAAGCCCACCUGGCCGUGAAGGACGAGAAGAACCACCACGACCUGGACCUCCGAGAUCGUGACUCCAGCGCAAAUAACUCUGUCUCCCCGUCUGAGAGCCUCCGGGCCAGCGAGAAGCACAGGAGCUCCUCGGACUACGGCCUCGACUCCAAGAAGCGGAAAGCCGACGAGAAAGACAGCCUGAGUCGAUAUGACAGUGACGGGGACAAGAGUGAUGACCUCGUUGUGGACGUCUCCAACGAGGAUCCCGCGACGCCCCGAAUAAGCCCCGCUCAUUCGCCCCCAGAAAAUGGGAUCGACAAAGCGCGGGGGCUGAAAAAGGACGCCCCCAACAGCCCCGCCUCUGUUGCCUCCUCCAGCAGCACGCCGUCUUCCAAGACGAAAGACCUGGGCCACAAUGACAAAGCCUCCACCCCUGGACUGAAAUCGACCACCCCCACCCCGAGGAACGAUGCGCCAACACCAGGGACGAGCACCACCCCAGGGCUGCGACCGAUGCCAGGCAAGCCAUCUGGAAUGGAUCCUUUGGCGUCUGCCCUGAGGACGCCCAUUUCGAUAGCGGGUUCUUACGCCACCCCGUUUGCCAUGAUGGGGCAUCACGAAAUGAACGGCUCCCUCGCCAGCCCCGGGGCAUACACGGGCCUUCACAGCAUCCCACCCCAGAUGGCUGCCGCUGCCGCCGCCGCCUACGGCCGCUCUCCCAUGGUGAGCUUUGGAGCUGUUGGCUUCGACCCACAUCCUCCUAUGAGGGCCCCGGUCCUGCCCACCAGCCUGGCGUCCAUUCCUGGCGGCAAGCCGGCCUACUCGUUUCACGUAAGUGCGGACGGGCAGAUGCAACCGGUCCCCUUCCCACACGACGCCCUGGCUGGGCCCGGCAUUCCCCGGCACGCUCGCCAGAUCAACACGCUGAGCCACGGCGAGGUGGUCUGUGCCGUGACCAUCAGCAACCCGACCCGCCACGUCUACACAGGUGGGAAGGGGUGUGUGAAGAUCUGGGACAUCAGCCAACCGGGUAGCAAAAGCCCCGUCUCGCAGCUGGAUUGCUUGAACAGAGACAACUACAUCCGCUCCUGUAAGCUCCUCCCCGACGGCCGCACGCUGAUCGUGGGCGGGGAGGCCAGCACCCUCACCAUCUGGGACCUGGCCUCGCCCACCCCAAGGAUCAAAGCGGAGCUGACCUCUUCGGCCCCCGCCUGUUACGCCUUGGCCAUCAGCCCCGAUGCCAAAGUCUGCUUUUCCUGCUGCAGUGACGGGAACAUCGCCGUCUGGGACCUCCACAACCAGACCCUGGUCAGGCAAUUCCAGGGUCACACCGACGGGGCCAGCUGCAUCGAUAUAUCACACGACGGCACCAAACUGUGGACAGGAGGCUUGGACAACACGGUGCGCUCCUGGGAUCUCCGGGAAGGCCGGCAGCUUCAGCAGCACGACUUCACCUCCCAGAUCUUCUCGCUGGGGUACUGCCCAACCGGGGAGUGGCUGGCCGUGGGCAUGGAGAGCAGCAACGUGGAGGUUCUCCACCACACCAAGCCGGACAAAUACCAGCUCCACCUUCAUGAGAGCUGCGUCCUCUCCCUCAAAUUUGCCUACUGUGGGAAGUGGUUUGUGAGCACCGGCAAAGACAACCUCCUCAACGCCUGGAGGACUCCUUACGGAGCGAGCAUCUUCCAGUCAAAAGAAUCUUCCUCAGUCUUAAGCUGCGACAUUUCGGCCGACGACAAAUACAUCGUCACGGGGUCGGGGGACAAGAAGGCCACGGUCUACGAAGUGAUCUAUUGAGCCGGGGGCGGGGCUUCCGCGUGGCCAUCCUGCUCCCAGAGGGCUGGUGAGAAGAAGGCGGACCUCCAGCGGGCGCGAGCGGAACGGAUUCGGGGGGAGCGGCAGCGUUCCCAGCAUGUGCUCCAUCCAGGGAGUUGUGUAGCCGGCGUUCGUGUUUCUCGUUGUGAUCUUGAAGUCGCUCUGUGGAUUUCGAUCCCUUGGGAGCUGCAGGGAUUUCCCCCGGGGGUUUCUGAGCUCUUGUGUGAUGGAUUCCUCCCCCCCUCUCCCACACACACACACACCCCUCGGAUUUUCACUUUUUGGUUCUCAUGCCUGUGAUCGGGAGACUUGCCUCCAGCAGAGACUCUGUGGCUUUUUUGUUCUCUCUCCGUAAGACUUGUGGGAAAUGUAAAUAGCUAAUACGUUUAAUAGGGUGAGGGACACCGUCUGUCUGGUACCCUGGCUGUGUAUUUUCUUUCCUUUUGGUCUGCUGUAAUUAUAUUCUUUGGUGGUUUUUUUUUUUGAGGGGGUGGCCAUCUUUUUCUUCCUCAGCCCCCCCCCCCUCCAAACUUCUGCAUGGGGAAACUGUACGGAUCUGCAGCUUGAGCAGAGCUCUCCUCCCGAGGAGCCUUCCAGCCGCCGUCCCUGUGAGCCAUCUGCUCUGUUCUGCAACUUGCUGCCGCGCUGGGCCACGUUUUGGAGUUUGGUUGGAUCGUUCACCCGACGACGGCAGCUCAGGCGGAACAGUCGCAUUCUUCUGUGGGUUUUUUUUUAAUUAUUAUUUGAAACACUUUGGUUAUUUUGGAGCAAGCAAGAAUUCCACGUCCCGCCGGACUUCUGACAACGUCCAUCAUCACAACCUUUGGGCUGAAACACCGAGGAAAAGCUUUCAACACGGCAAACGUUUCAACAAUUGCUCAGGGAGCCGAGAAAAAAAAAAUAAUAGCAACUUGUGUGAGAUUUUUUUUUUUUACUUCAAUGAAAGUAAAGUAAUAGAAAUGAUAACAUUUAAAUGCAGGUUUGGGUUUUCCUUUUUUUUAAAAAAAAAAGUUUACUAACAUCUGGUUUCUGUAUGGCGGGGAUCGGGGCGUACGGUUCAGUCAGGUUUUCAGUAGAUUUGGCAAUCUUUCCGUCUUUGGGUGCAAACAGAAGUUGGGGGGAGGGAGGGAGGGGGGACCCGCCUUCUGGCCUCUUUUGUAUUAAAGGAGUAAAUAAAAUUUAAAACACGGGAAAUCUACAUAUUUGUGUAGCAAAAGAUCCUGCCCUGUAAUGUAGCAUAUGGAAGAGAUUUUUUAUACCACAUUUUUAUGGAUUAUUUUUUAAUUUUUGAUUUUGAUCUGGUUAAAAAAAAAAAACCAAUCUAACUACAGCUUAAAAGGUGGAAGAACUGCCUGUUUUUAUUAAAGGCGAUGCCAGUACAUAACGGAA